AUGGCGGGGAAGGUAUCUAUCGCCGCCCUUUUGAUUGGAGUCUUUGGGCCCACGGAUUUGUUCUGGCACAAGCUAUUUCUCUGGGUUUUCUGCGUUGGGAUAGCCGUCCCGGUGAGCACCGCAUAUGCGAUUUUCGGUCUCGUUCAAUGUUCACCCCCUGCUGCUUUGUGGGAUAAUCGAAUCCACGGGAAAUGCGUUGAUGCACAAGUCGUGGCUGACUACGGGGCUUUUACUGGAGCCUAUUGCACCUUCGUCGAUGUCUGUCUCGCCCUCCUCCCAGCGACUAUUUUCCUUCGCCUACACAUCAGACCGGUCCAAAAGUGGCAGUUGAGCAUAGUGUUCGCAUUGAAUAUCCUUACAUCUAUUUGUUCCGCCAUCAAAAGCUACCAUCUGGCAAAACUGCCAAAAUCAACCGACUUCACCUGGGCAUCCUACGAUGUUUACGCUUGGCAUACAGGCGAGUCGUUUGCCAUCCUCUUCUGCGGCACCAUCCCAAUCUUAAAACCCGUUCUCGAUUUUAUCCGGCGACAAGAGAUAAUUUCGUCAUGGCGAGAAGGAUGGAAGUCAAGGUCGUCAAAAUCGACAACACAGAAGACUAGUUCAAGGUCGUGGUCUGACCACCGCGUACAAAUUGGCACUAUAUCUUCUCACGAACUUGGAAAGUACCGAUGGGAUGAAACUGAUCGAGAGUCGACCCGGGUGCUAGUUGGGAAAUACGGUGAUAUAUGA